CCAUUAAGAUGUUGUUGCGUUAGCGACGCUUUGCAUAUUAGACGACGGGAUGGCUGAAGGUCACGCUGUUUCCACUCAGACUGUGAUAUCUCUUCUGCUGAUUUGCAUGAGCACGCGAGCAAGUCGAAUAAACGCUCGAAGAUACACGAUGUUAUUGCAAUAGCAAGCAUUUGCAUAUAAGACAACUCGUUGGAUAAAGGUCGUACCUUUUUACUCUAGCCGGUGUCGCCUUUGCAACUCGAAGACAGGAAAAAUAAUUACUAUGCGAUACAUGUUGCGCCGCAGGAAAAAGAAGAAGAAAAAAGACGCAGUAUACUAAUGACAGCCACCUCCAUGCUGACUGCUUUGAUUUCUGAACAGAGCGAGCCAGCCCGGGUAAAGCCGUAAUUACCUCUCAAGGAUAAACGAUAAUAUCACUUUCCUCAUCACGUCUUUGGGGCGAGACGGUCGACGCUGCACUCUCAUAGGCAAACGAAGCGACUUCUAUAUAAGACGGUUCGUCCGCAACGCUUUCCGGACUGAGCUGGAAUGUCAAGUGAAUGCCACUUGAUUGUUUUCAGGUGGAUUCACUUGACAUUCCAGCUCAGGUUUUUCCGUGCGGGUGUUUGACUGGAAAAGCAGACUAAGGUGAGUACAUGCUUUUUUCUCUUCUCUUGUUAUAAGUUCUUCCCCUGUGAGCGUGCAAGGUCACAGCCAUUUAUGGAAUGCAUGUAGGUGAAAGAAAAAAAGAAAUGAGGUUCAUUCCUUCCCGCUGCCGACAUGCAAUCUUUGUGAUUUUAAAGUGCACCUUCUUAGAUCAUCGCAGUAGAUGAAAUGAAAAAUAAACGAUUGCAAACAGUACAACAUUAUUUUUUUAUUUAGGACAUUGCUAAUUUACAAGUCGGCUUCACCUAACUUCUACGUGCGUUGCGGGAAGUCAACGUUAGGAAAUGCUCAGUCUUGCUGGAUUGCUUGUUUCUUUGCAUUUCAAUUCAGCGGAACGGUGUUUUUUCUAAUUGUUUGACUUUGGUUCUUCAUAAAACAUAUUUUCCAGUUCAUCGUCUUUGUUGUAACUACUCCGACGAGGUUGAAGGGUCAUCUCACAUUUUGGGCUUGUAAGAUCGACUUCUUCUAAGCAUUUUUUUAGCUUCUCUUUUUCAUUUCAUGUUCGGGUAACAACAGAACACUUCACCUGCACGUCAAUGGCAAACAGGUCAGAAAGAAAGGAAUGUGUCUACCUUCAUUUGUGAGAUGUAGCUAGUCUUCACCCAACUCCUACGUGCAUUGGGGGAAAGCCUACUUUAGGAAAUGUUCAGUCUUGUUACUGCAUGUUUCUUUGCAUUUAAACUUAGCGAAACGGUGUUUUUUUUUUAUCGUUUGAUUUUGCUUUGACAUAAAACAUAUUUUCCAGUUCAUCUUCCUUCUUUUGCCGUAACUACUCCGAAGAGGUUGAAGGGAACAGUUUGAGAUCUUCCUUGACAACAAGGCAAAAAUGUGUGCUAUACAAUGGAGAAGAGGUGGAAAACUUUUUUUUUUCAAGUUAAUCCACUCGGGAUUCCAGAUGAAGAUUUUUUUUCUCCGUGAGAGUGUUUGACUGGAAAGACAGACUGUGGAGACGUGUUUGAGACGACACACAGGCUGCAUCCGAAAUUCGUGUGUGUAACCUCUUCUCCAUCUGCCACACACAUCUCUACCUAGCACAGGCUGCUCUUCAUCUGCGUCUGAUGAUGACAACCAUGCGCCAUCAAGCCGAGGAUCAACCUCAGGCCAUGUUGUGUCAUCGGCGGCUGACUUGUCUUGACUGGUCAUUACAAACCAAGUUCAUUCUAUACAGCAAGAGGAGAAAGCAAAUUGUCAACAUAACAGCGAAGCCUCCAUAACACAAGUAAGCUAUGUCAUCCGUCAUGGAAAAGUUGGAUAAACUGAAAAAAUGUGGUGACGGUGAAAUUCAGAAAAUGAGCAACAUACCCAAAAACGAAAAGUUCGAAGUGCUGGACAUUCAGAAAAUUGACACUAUGUAUGGCGAGGCCGUAUACGUGGAGCUCCGCAUGGAAAACGACAAGCCAGUGAAAGUGUAUCUACCUGGACGCUUCAAAAAAUUGUCGGAGGAAGAGCUAGAGGAAAUGCGACUGCUUCCAAAUCUCAAAAUGGAGAAGAAAGAACGGUUUACCAAAGAUGGUAAAAAAGUCAUUUCGCCAGAUAUUAUCUUCACCAAUUCGAAGAGAAAGUGAUGAGAUAUGGUGACAUGUAGAACCUUCUAUCACUCAAGUGACUGCUGAAAUAGCACAAAAUUUGGAAAACCUCGAAGUAGAAGGUUCAGGUUUUUUUCUCUUUCGCAUUCAUGCCUGUAUCAUGAACAUUGGACGUUUGAUGCCUCAACUGAUUGGAUGUGCCCAGUUUGAGUUACCGCAAGAAUUGAAGCAUAAGUUUCGUUCUCUGUUGUGUGUGGACUUUGGUUUGCAUGAAGAUGAGCAGAACAUGUGUUUUGCCUUCUCUGUAAUAGCUGCACUGCAUCCUGCUACUGGUUAUCGCAGGCGUAGGGCAUCUUCGUACAGACCAUAUAUUUCUGAGUAUGUUUUUCCGAAAACAUUCCCGGUAGCUUUCCCAAAAGAGGUUGAAGCAUUCGAAAAAAAUAAUGGUAUCAGUAUCAAUGUGUACGCCUACGAAAGGGAAGACAAAUCUCUGUACCCCAUCAAGGUUGUCGAUGACGAGCGUGAGAAACAUGUGGAUCUGUUGCUAAUCGACUCUCAUUUUCUGCUUAUCACAAAUUUUAAUGGAUUAUUUCAACCUAGCGGACGGUUUCAUUGCAAGAGGUGUAUGAUGGGCUUCUCAUCAGACAGAAUCCUCAGUGAUCAUUUAAAGAUGUGUUUGCAUCAGAAGGUUGCUAAGACAAUUUACCCUAAGAAGGGAGAGACGGUAGCAUUUGCCGGGGAACAUCUCAUGUCGGAAGUCCCUUUCUACUGUGUAUAUGAUUUUGAAAGUGUUUUGUCACCUUGUUUGGAGGAAACAAACGUGUAUGAGGAUCACUGUCCUUCCUCAUUUUGCCUUUUGGUUAUACGUGCAUCCGACUCACACGUGUUGCAAAAGCAUCUUUUCCGUGGUCCUAAUUGUGUCACAGUAUUUAUGGAGCUGCUGCGGAAAUUGCAUGACGAAAUUUUAGGAUGGAUACAUGCUUUUGCACCUCUAGAAAUGACUGAAGAGAAUGAGCGUCAACAUACAGCAGCCACUCAUUGUAAUAUCUGCAAAGAAUCCUUUGCUAAAAGACAAAAAGUUCGAGACCAUGACCAUGUAAGCGGAGAAUUUCGACAAACACUAUGUCAGACGUGUAACCUGAAACUGAGAGUGCCACCCAAGAUUCCAAUCAUUGCACAUAAUGCUAACUAUGACAUGAGUUUUCUCCUGUCUCAUUUACAUCUGCUUAAGAAGUCAGACAUCAACGUGAUUGCCACCAGCUGUCAAAAAUUUAAAGCAAUUGACAUCGGCUCUUAUCGAUUCUUGGACAGUUUGAGUUUUCUGAACGCAAGCCUUGAAACACUGGUGAAAAAUCUACGUGAUAAAGGUGAAUCCAACUUUCAAUGCCUUCGCCAGUUUUUUCCAAAUGAGGAACACUUUCAGCUGGUUGUUCGUAAGGGGGUCUUCUGUUAUAACUUUGUCACCAGUUUUGAAGCCUAUGAUGAGCCUUCGCUACCACCUCGAGAUAAGUUCUUUAACAUUUUGAAUGGAACCGAAGUAAGUGAACAAGACUACAACCACGCGCAGAAUGUGUAUGAAAAAUUUCGGCUCAAGAGUCUUGGAGAGUAUUCGGACUUAUACCUUCUGACAGACACACUGCUUUUAGCAGAUGUGUUUCAGAACUUUCGAAAGUGGACACUCGAUGUGCACAAGAUUGAACCGUUUCAUUUUGUAUCCCUUCCAGGAUUAAGCAUGUCUUGUGCACUAAAAAUGAGUCAGGUAGAACUAGAACUAAUUAACGACCCCAACGCGUACCUGCUCAUCGAGAAUGGCUUACGAGGAGGUGUCACACAGUGCUCCCUGAGAAAAGCAACUGCGAAUGUGCCAGGAACAGAACAGUUUGAUCCCGAAAAAGAAAAAAAAAUAAUUAACUACAUUGAUGUAAAUGGCCUGUAUGGAGCAGUCAUGAGAGAACCAUUGCCUUACGGAGGAUUUGAGUGGCUCACUGAGGAGGAAAUUGUUAACUUGGAUAUAGCUCAGAUACGAGAUGAUAGCCCUGUGGGUUACUUUCUUGAGGUAGACCUAGUGUAUGACCGAGCAACUCAUGAACACCACAGAGAUCUUCCCGUUGCCCCUGAAAAAAUGUCCGUUCGUUAUGAGCUAUUGUCAGACUAUCAGAAGGCGCUCAUGAAGAAGUUCAAUCUUCCACAGAAAGCUACCGAAGCAAAACUGUUGCUAACAUUAUUUGAUAAAGAGAGGUACUUUCUCCACUAUCGCAAUUUGCAACUGUAUCUGCAAUUGGGGUUGCGUCUCACUAAAGUUCACAGGGUCUCAAGUUCAAUCAAAAGCCCUUUCUGCGAUCCUAUGUCGACUUCAAUCACGAACUUCGGAAGCGAGCUACAAACGCAUUUGAGAAACAGCAAUCAAAGCUAAUGAUUAAUAGUGUAUAUGGCAGGACAUGUAUGCAAGUCAGGAAAUUCGUAAAUUGUCGCCUCACAGUAACAGAUGAGCAAGUGUUGAAGCUUCUACGUAAACCAAACUUGAAACAGUUCCGCCCUCUGAGCUCUCACGUCAUCUUGUUCCAAUUUAGUCAGUCUGUUCUUCGCAUGAAGCAACCGCUGUACCUGGGCUUCACAAUAUUGGAAUUGUCUAAGCUGAAGAUGUUUGAUUUUUAUCAUAACCAUCUUCUCCGUGUAGCCCCUGAUACACGACUGCUAUACAUGGACACUGAUUCUUACAUUGUGAUGCUGAGUGACGAUAAAGUACUCCACGAACUAGCUGAUGAGCAUCUAGACAACUCUGGAUAUGACCCUGAUCACCCACUCUAUUCGACAAAAAACAGGAUGGUACUAGGAAAGUUUAAAAAUGAGCUUCCUCGUGAUCACAUUCUUGGCUUCUGUUGUCUGAAGCCAAAGCUGUACGCCCUCGAUCUGUGCAGCAAAAAGCAGUACAAUCGCGCUAAGGGUGUUAAACAAUGUGAAGCACAAAAACUCCACUUCUCUAUGUAUACGAAUGCUCUCGAGCAGGGCACAAUGCAUAAAGUUAAACAGAACCUCAUUGUGCACAAGGACAAUGUCAACAAAAGUGUGUCAGUGACAAAAAUAGCCCUCAAUCCACUGGAUACGAAACGCUUCAUUUGUGAUGAUGGAAUUGACACGCUACCUUUUGGCUAUGGUUGAAUUUUUUUAAUGUGUACGGAUUGGUCUCUCUAAUGAAGCGAUGGUGUUGGGGUGUGCACCGUCACGAGGUUUCAUUACAGAGUUGGCAUACGGGAGUAGGAGGGAACUCAUCUGUUAUCACCCCCGCAACAGAUGUUGCCCUUCUAUUCCUGGUCCCACAGAAAAAAAUUGUAAUAAAGAUGUUACAUCCAUAUAGCUAUGGUUUGUCAUAUAUUAGAACAAUGUCAUGUUAGAACCAUGAACUAAAGCUAUUGCAUUAUUCCACAUCUAUGGUUGUCAGUGUGGGAUUACUUACAACUGUGAGUUAGGAGCUAGAGGAUAUUUGUUAGCCACGAGUGAUGACUAAGCUGAGACCUGGUUUGAUGAAUUUCAUGUCUUCCUGAAGUAAUGUGUAGCUCUUGAUGUGAGUGAAAGAGAGACAGUUUGCUUUCCCAUAUUGCUGCAUGCAUUUGCGAUGGAAAUAACAACUGACUUUGUCUGCAAGUCACUGUUUGUAAAUGGACCGUCUCAGACGAAUUUGAUUAUAUGUGUGUGAAAUAACCUGUUUUCUAAGAAUUUGAUUAUAAGAGUAUGUGAUAACCAGUUUCUAAUAGCAUGUAUGUAAUCUAUAACAACGUCUUUGUUUGCAAGUCAGUGUUUGCAAAUAGCCUGUCUCAGAUGAGAGUCACUGUUUGUAAAUGAUCCGUGUCAGAAAAUUUUUGAUUAUACAGUCAAACUUCUUUACAACGAAACUCAGGGGACAGCAAGAAAAAUUCGCAGUAAAGGUAUUUUCGUUAAAAAGGAUGUCCAUUAUUGGACCUAUAGGGCUCCAGCAGGACCGCAAAAAAAUUGCUGUAGUGGUAUUUUCAUUAAAAAGGUGUUCGCUAUAAAGGAGUUUGACUGCAUGUGUAUGAAAUAACCAGUUUCUAAUAGCAUGUAUGUAAUCAUCAACAAUGUCUUUGUUUGCAAGUCACUGUUUGUAAAUAGCCUAUCUCAGAUGAGAUUUUUUUUUAUUACCAAUGAUUCAUUAUAUAGUGUGCAAAUUAAGUUGACAAAUAAAGCUCUUUUCAGGCAAACUGAAAUUUUAUUGAAUGCUCAUAGUACACUACAGCAUGACAUAUCCUCUGUUUUUCUUGGGAAAUUUUUUCGAACAAGUGUUUCUAUCAAUCUGUCAUUGUGUCUGAAGUUGGUUGGUGAAAACUUCUGAGUGCACUCUUGAAGAGAGAAACCACAGGCUAGAAGACUACCUACAUACAAGCAGUACAGUCCACAUGUAGCAGAUCCAUAUCCCUGAAGUCGUUUUGCAUUGUAGUGAAAGGAAGAUGUUGGGUGAAUAAACUGGUAAAUUUCUUUGCAAACUGGUCGUAUGCCGUAGCUGUCGAAAUAAGAAAUGCUGUUGUUCUUAGAGAUGUAACAUAAGGUCCAGUGUUCUCCAGGAGAGGAUCUAGGAGCUGUGUUUACAACAUACAGCCCUGGUUCAGCUUUUUGACUUGCAAUUUCAUUGCAUGCAAAUGUUCCACGAAACAGUGGCCUUGUGCAGUGAUUUCGAGCAAAGGCUGCAUAAAAUUCCCAUUCCUCCAUUUUUUUUCUAUACGAAUUUGACUCGUCUGUCUUUGUUGAUUUCUAGCACACGAGGUGUUUCUGAAACAAAGAGAACUGUAACAGCCUCUGUAAGAUUUCCACCAAAUGUUAGGGUGAGACGAACAUUGGCUUGUACCACUGGACUCAGCGACUGCACUUCCACAUCUGGAGUGAGAUGGUAGUAGAGCAUAAACGUUUCUUUCUCAUAUGCAGCCGGAGCUAGAGGUAUGUCUUUCCGCUUCAGCUUGUGAAGCAAAUUCAUAUAUCCUUUAGAGUAGAUCGAUCGUUGAAAGUCAAAGUCAUCUGUGUACUGUUGUCCACCAACAUCAAGCACAGCUCUCUUAAGCUUGAAAUUUUCAAGUUUAAAUGGAUUCCUUUGUCUGUUACCCUGGUAGGCUUCACUUCUAACCAUCAAUACUGUCAGCUUUGAGGGAACUCGUUCACUGUAAAGGUCAUCGAAAAUCACUUGAGAUUGAUUUGGAGCAAUUGUCCUGUACUUAAUCUCUAAUCCUCGAAGGAGGUAUGAUGCUGGAGUUGUCUGAAGUCUUCGUUCGAUGCCGACGAGUACACUUGGAGAAACCUGCACACGUCGCAGGUACAACACAAUUCGUGAAAACUCUAUAGUGUGUUUUUCAGUCUCGCUGGCAGGUGCAAGAAGUCGAAAAUCAUCUGUGUUCUGACGAAGGACAACUCUUAUGUCGACUCCAUUGAGAAGAAACUUUUCCUGUUGACAUAUAUCACUGAAGAUAGGGGAAUAAAGAUCGCAGAGUGUCGAACCUUUGGUCCGUUUGUAGCGUGCAAAAAUUCCUUUUGCCUCAACAGGAGCGGCAAAAUUUUCAGAUUCUCCCACUGGAUCUGGUUCGUAGAGCAUUGCAGAGAGGGUGUGAGUUUGAGUAACAUUAUUAGCAUUUGUUAUUAUGUCCAAGUAUGAACGA